AUGGCGAAACAGCUUACUAUCCAAGUAUCUAUCUAUGGCUAUAACGAGCAUCGUUGUGAUGUUCUCCUCAAAAAAGACCUCCCCGAACAAGCCCAAAGUAACCUGGUUGUUCUUGACGGAUGGGCUCAAAAAUCGGUCAUGGCUAUUGGGUUCGACAUGAAGCAUUCCCAACGCUGGCUGUGUGAGAUAUGUGGGGAUCCAGCGCGAGAGGUCGUCCUCGAUCCAAAGCCGAAUCUACGAUUGGAGGACCCGGUCGUAACCUUGAAUAUGCACCAGCUUUGUGAAGCUCAAGGCGGUCCUUGCCACUCUGCGGUCCAUGAACUCAUUCGUAAGCAAGCCUUGGCGGCAGGCUCACCGCCCUCAGGUCUACAACAACCAAAUGCUACUACUGCACCCCUCGCUGGAUCCUGUAUUGCAGCGUCGCAUGCCAAACACAAGAUUGGUCGAGACAUAGCAAGACUUGCAAAAUGA